AUGCACACAACCUUGGCGCCAAUUCUUCACAAACCCAAACUCAUUCCACUCUCGCUUCAAUUUUCAACCCUAUCUACAUCUCUUUCACUUCACCAUUCCCAAAAUGUAUCCUCACAACACAAUAUCGCCACCAUCGUUCACUCCCUCUGCGACUCUCGCCGUUUCUCCGAAGCGCACCAUCGCUUCUCCCUCUCCCUCGCCUCCGGCUCCCUCCCCGACGAGCGCACCUGCAACGUGCUCCUCGCUCGAAUGCUCGAUUCUCGAACCCCACACGCCACGUGGCGCCUCAUCCAAUCCCUUAUCUCUUCCAAGCCCGGUUUCGUUCCCUCUUUGGUCAACUACAACCGUCUGAUGGACCAGUUUUGCCGUGCCCAUCAGCCCCUGGACGCUCACAGGCUGUUUUUCGACAUGAAGAGUCGUGGGCAUUGCCCAAAUGUUGUCUCUUUCACCACUUUGAUUAACGCGUACUGCCUGGUUCGUGGAAUGAGAGACGCGCGCAAGGUGUUCGACGAAAUGCUUGAAAGUGGCGUGAAGGCGAAUUCGGUGACUUACAGUGUUUUGAUUCGUGGGGUUCUUCAAGAGAGGGAUGUGGAAGGUGGGAGGGAGUUGAUGUGCAGGUUGUGGGAGAUGAUGAGUGUGGAAGUUGAAGAUUCUGUGAAAACUGCGGCAUUUGCGAAUUUGGUUGAUUCUUUGUGUAGGGAGGGGUUUUUUAGUGAAUUGUUUAGGAUUGCUGAGGAGUUGCCGUUCGGGAGUGGUUUUUCUGAGGAAGUUGCUUAUGGACAGAUGGUGGAUUCGCUUUGCAGAGUUGGGAGGUAUAAUGGGGCAGCUAGGAUUGUUUAUGUAAUGAGGAAAAGAGCGUUUGUUCCGAGUGAUGUGUCCUAUAAUUAUAUCAUUCAUGGACUUAGCAGGGAUGGCGAUUGUAUGAGGGCUUAUCAGUUGUUAGAGGAAGGAGCUGAAUUUGGGUUUAUGUUAUCUGAGCAUACGUAUAAGAUAUUAGUGGAAGCUCUUUGCGAAGUGUUGGAUGUGGACAAGGCGAGGGAAGUUUUCAAACUCAUGCUGAGUAAGGAAGGUGUUGACAAGACUAGGAUUUACAACAUUUACUUGAGAGCUCUUUGUCUUGUGAACAAUCCGACAGAGCUUUUGAAUGUGCUUGUAUUUAUGCUUGAGAGCAAGUGUCGUGCAGAUGUGAUCACCCUCAACACAGUGAUCAAAGGUUUUUGCAAGAUGGGUAGGGUUGAUGAAGCUUCAAAGGUAUUGCAUGACAUGUUAGUGGGAAAAUUUGUUGCACCUGAUGUUGUGACCUUCACCACCGUGAUUUCUGGUAUGUUGGAUGCUGCAAGAGUCAACGAAGCUCUUGAUCUGUUUCAUAAGCUGAUGCCGGAAAAUGGAAUAAGACCUAGUGUUGUGUCAUAUAAUGCUCUUCUCCGAGGUUUAUUCAAACUAAAGCGAGCAAAUGAUGCAUGGAUGGUUUUCAAUAACAUGGUAAAUGAUGGCAUUACCGCAGAUAGUACCACAUACACAGUUGUGGUAGAAGGUCUAUGUGAAUCUGACCAAGUAGAAGAAGCAAAGAGUUUUUGGCACAAUGUUAUAUGGCCUUCCGGGGUUCAUGAUAAUUUUGUUUAUGCAGCAAUUCUGAAAGGGCUCUGCCGCUCUGGCAAUUACAACGAGGCUUGUCAUUUCUUGUAUGAAUUGGUGGAUUCUGGGGUCUCUCCGAAUAUAUUUAGUUACAAUAUUCUGAUCAACUGUGCGUGCAAUCUUGGUUUGAAAAGCGAAGCUUACCAAAUUGUCAGAGAGAUGAAAAAGAAUGGGCUCAGUCCUGAUUCUGUGACAUGGAGAAUUCUUGACAAGUUAAAUGGCAAAGGGAGGAAGGACAUCCAUUCUGAAGAUCCUACCAUGUCAACAUUUUAUGAGGCAUGA